UUUCUCUCUCUCUGUAUGUCUCAGACAGUGGAUGGAGAGGUGGUGAUGCUGUCUGCACACUGGGAGAAGAGAAGAGCAGCAGUGGUGGAACUACAGGAACAACUACAGCAGAUCCCAGGCUUCCUCACAGACCUGGAGACGUGCACCAACCGCAUCGCCCACCUGGAGGCAGACUUUGAGGAGCUGGAGAGCCGGCUGAUGUACCUGGACAACCUGUGUGGUCAGUGUGAGCAGCAGCGCUUCAGACACUUCCAGGUCCUGCAGCUGGAGAACUACAAGAAGAAAAAGAGGAAAGAGCUGGAGUCUCUCAAAGCCGAGCUGGACUCUGAGCACGCCCAGAAGGUGCUGGACAUGGAACACGCCCAGCAGGGGAAGCUGAAGGAGAGGCAGAAGUACUUUGAAGAAGCUUUCCAACAGGACAUGGAUCAGUACCUCUCUACUGGCUACCUGCAGAUCACUGACAGAAGAGGGCCAAUAGGUAGCAUGUCUUCCAUGGAGGUGAACGUUGACGUUCUGGAACAGAUGGACCUGAUGGACGUGUCGGACCAUGAAGCCCUCGACGUCUUUCUCAACUCUGGAGGAGAAGACGACAGCCUGACCUCCUCACUCACCUCAGGUCCAGACCCUGAGUCGUUGUCCUCUGAGAUCUCCCUGCGGGUGCCCACCCAGGCGGAACUGAGGAACAAGCCGUCUUCCUUCUCCUCCAUGGAGCCAGGCUCAGCCAGCCAGGACACCAGCCUGGGGGAGUGCCAGGACACCAGCCAGGACACCAGCCUGGGGGAGUGCCAGGAGGGGGAGGGCAGCGAGGCCAGCGGAGACGGAGACCAGCCCCUGGUACUGCCAGACGAGGAGGAAGUGCAGGCCGACACAGCCCUGGUGUCGUUGCCCGAGGCAGAGACGUUCAAGAACUCUGACGACAGCGACUCGCAGGCCUCUUAGGAGCCGUCACAGAGCUGCCCCCUGGAUGAGACUGGCUCUAGGGGGUAUAGGGUAGCUCCUAGACGCUGAUCUGGGGCUCCGUUUUGCAUUUUUCCCCAAAGAAACUUUUUUUCUUUUCUGUUUUUUUUAUAACUGAAAUGUAGCUUCCUUCCUUGUAUCCAAUUAUAUCUAAGUAAAUAAUAAUAAAGUUGUUUAAAAUGUU